AUGACGAAUGUGGAGCUUAUGCACGACAUUCGUGUACUAGUGCGGAUCAACUGUUUUACGAAGCGGGCGUCUUGGAACAAUUUGCCUGAGGACUUGAAGAAGUCUAUGUUGGAUGAAUUAUCAGCAAAGCCGGAUGCGGUGGAAAGGGUGUCUAAGAUAGUAAAGAAGCAACUUGCAUUGCCAGACGACUCUGCAGUUACCGGCGAGUCAAAGUUUUCCGAACUUGGAGCGGAUUCUCUAGAUACGGUUGAGAUUGUGAUGGGACUUGAGGAGGAAUUCGGCAUCAGUGUGGAAGAGGAAAGCGCUCAGACCAUUGCAACUGUGCAGGAUGCCGCAGAUGUUAUUAAGAAGCUCAUUGAGAAAAAUAAGGCGUAGAAGCGAUGGAAACGAGUCGAGAAGCAUUUUCAUUUCCUAGCCUGCUUUAGAGAUAAGUACUUGGUAGACUGGUUAUGUACUCGGUUGUUUUGUGUUAAAUCCGAACCUCGUAGUUGCGUGGUUUUACUAUAAA